AUGGCCUCAAUUGGCACAGGAUACGAUCUCUCUUCGACUACCUUCUCCCCCGACGGGCGGGUCUUCCAAGUCGAGUAUGCCGCGAAAGCAGUCGAAAACAGCGGUACCUGCGUAGGACUACGUUGCACUGACGGAGUCGUCCUCGCUGUCGAGAAGGCCGUCAUCUCCAAGAUGCUCGUGCAGGGCACGCUCCGCCGUUCGCACAUCGUCGCCAGACACGCCACUCUCACCGUGUGCGGCCUCAUCUCCGAUGGACGUGUCAUUGUUGACCACGCGCGCGCAGAAGCUGAGCAGUACAAGGACUUUUACGGCCGACCCAUCCCCGGGCACGUCCUCGCCGAUCGCAUCGCCCAUUUCGUCCACGUUUAUACGCUGCAUUGGCACGUGCGUCCAUUCGGCUGCGCUGUCUUGCUGGGCGUUGCGGACGUGGAUGGGCCCCAGCUCUAUCUCAUCGAGCCGAGUGGCUUGUCGUAUCGCUACUACGCGUGCGCGUUCGGGAAGGCGAAGGCAGCCGCAAGGACAGAACUCGAGAAGUUGAAGCUCAAUGGCAGCGACGGUAAGGCGCUCAUAUCUUGCGAUGAGGGCGUGAAGGAGCUCGCUAAGAUUUUGGUGAAGGUACAUGAUGAGAGCAAGGACAAGGAUACUGAGCUCGAGAUGAUCACCGUUACGGAUGGAAAAGACGGUGGUGCGAAGUUAGUGCCCCGGAAAGUUGUCGAAGAAGCCCACGCCGCCGCAAAGGCUUUCUUGGAGGCCGAUGAUAUGGAGGAUUAGAAGGCGCACCAGUGAAGCACCGAAAACUGCGUAAGAGCUGAGUCCAAUCGCGUCGGGUUGUCCGUAAUGAGGAAUUGUUGCCGGGGGAUGCGGCAGGGCGGCGCAAGUGCACUGUAGUCUCUUUAGGUUUAGCGUUGCUCCUUUUCGGUCGUCGUGUAUAAACUUUUCCCUUGAGAUAUGCAAGGCAACUCAAGGUAUGCCA